AUGGCCAGACGCUUUCUCUUUGAUCUGCCUCUCAAUGUCAGCUUUGCUUCCAAAGAUGGGACUUUGAUUUUAAGGGCAUCGAGCUUCAAGAAAGAGGACUCAAAAACUGCUAAUGUUUUGUCAAACGGAUCCAGAAGUUCGAACCGGUUGAGGGAUAACAGACCCCAACAUGUGAUCCUUGAAAGAAACUGUUCGCUUGUUCAAGAUGAGGAAAACAUGGACUGGGAUACUCUUGCAAGCAAUGGUCAAUUGAAACAUAAAUCAGUGCCUGUGCUUUCUCUACCUGAAGCAGCAAUUUUCUCUCCCUCUAGACCUGCCUUUGAUCUUGAUGCAGCUGCAACCAAACUCCAAAAAGUCUACAAGAGUUACCGUACUCGAAGAAACCUUGCAGAUUGUGCAGUGGUCGUGGAAGAGCUAUGGUGGAAGGCAUUGGAUUUUGCAGCUCUUAAAAGGAGUUCUGUAUCAUUCUUUGAUGUCCAAAAACCAGAAACUGCAUUGUCACGGUGGGCAAGGGCAAGGACAAGAGCAGCUAAGGUUGGGAAAGGUUUAUCCAAAGAUGACAAGGCACAAAAACUAGCACUGCAACAUUGGCUUGAAGCUGUCGAUGUUAACGGAGUUAAUUCCUUGUUGUUUGGUGUACAGAUUGACCCACGUCAUCGCUAUGGACACAAUUUGCACAUGUACUAUGAUAUUUGGUUGGAUGUUGGCGAUGGCAAAGAAAUAAAUCUUAAGAUGUGCCCGAGGAACACUCUACAAAGCCAAUGCAUUAUAUAUCUUGGACCAAAAGAAAGGGAAGAAUAUGAAGUGAUAAUUAAAAAUGGAAAGCUAAUCUACAAAAAAGAUGAAAAGCUUGUGAACACUGAUGAGAAAUCCAAAUGGAUAUUUGUUCUUAGCACCACAAGGGCCAUGUAUGUGGGAAGAAAACAAAAAGGCACGUUUCAACACUCAAGCUUUCUUUCUGGUGGCGCAACCACAGCAGCUGGCAGAUUAGUGACCCAUCAAGGUGCCCUUGAGGCUAUUUGGCCAUAUAGUGGUCAUUAUCAACCAACAGAAGAAAAUUUCAAAGAAUUUAUAACCUUUCUCGAGGAGCACAAAGUAGACCUGACCAAUGUAAAGAGAUGUGCUAUGGAUGAUGAUACUCCUUCCGUCAUUGGCACUAAUUCAUUUAAUGCUGCCAGUGAUGAAUCACAACAAACUAUGGGCCCCACUCUAAUUUCUCAGACAGGCCCAUUAAGAGCAAUCAACAUGAAUGAUAGCAACGUGAACAAAAAGGAUGAUGAUGCAACAACAUUCGACCUUGCCAAGAGGUUGUCUUGUAAGUGGUCCACUGGGGCUGGGCCUCGUAUUGGGUGUGUUCGGGACUAUCCUGGACAUUUGCAAUCGAAAGCGUUGGAGCAUGUCAAUUUGUCUCCAAGGCCUACUUCUGCAUGCUUGAGCAACUAUGGCCCAAUUCCUUCUCCCAGGCCCAGCCCAAAAGUGAGGAUGUCCCCCAGGCUUGCAUAUAUGGGCUUGCCCAGUCCAAGAAACCCAAUUCCAGCUGCCAGUCAAAGAUGA